UAAGGAAAAGCUGCUUUCUGCAAACAACUGAAAAAGCUGCCCUUGGAAACAGUUUCUUUGGCCCUCAUGGUGCAGCGGGAGCUGAGACUGUGAAACCUUUGCUGGGACGAGCUCUCAAGGCUGAGCACCCAGAGCGAUCGUUGCCAUGGCCAGCAAGAGGAAAUCCACCACGCCGUGCAUGAUCCCCGUGAAGACAGUGGUACUGCAGGAUGCCAGUGUGGAGGCCCAGCCCAUGGAGGCUUUGCCUGAAGGGCCCCAGCAGGAUUUGCUCCCUGAAGUGCCUGCUGCUAGUAGCGAGGCAGCCCAGAACACCAGCAGCACCAACAGCACUACGUUGGCCAAUGGGCAUCGGAGCACAUUGGAUGGGUACUCCUAUUCCUGUAAAUACUGUGACUUCAGAUCCCAGGACAUAACCCAAUUUGUGGGACAUAUGAACUCAGAGCACACAGACUUUAAUAAAGACCCAACUUUUAUAUGCACUGAAUGCAAUUUUCUGGCAAAAACCCCCGAAGGGCUUUCCCUGCACAACGCCAAGUGUCACUCGGGGGAAGCCAGCUUUGUGUGGAAUGUGGCCAAGCCAGACAAUCAUGUAGCUGUGGAGCAGAGCAUCCCCGAGAACACCAGCACUCCUGACCUACUUGGGGAGCCCAAUGCUGAAGGGACCGAUGGACAGGCUGAAAUCAUCAUUACCAAAACUCCAAUCAUGAAGAUAAUGAAAGGCAAAGCUGAAGCCAAAAAAAUUCAUACGCUCAAGGAGAACGUCCCCAAUCAGCCCGUUGGUGAGGCCUUACCAAACCCUUCAGCUGGGGAAACAGAGGUGAAAGAGGGUGAUAACUCCAUCAAUGGGGCAGUUCCAGUUAGCCAGGCAUCUGCCAGCUCGGCAAAACCCCCCCAUGCAGCCAACGGGCCCCUGAUAGGAACAGUUCCGGUUUUGCCGGCUGGUAUAGCACAGUUCCUCUCCCUCCAGCAGCAGCCCCCAGAGCAUGCCCAGCAUCAUACCCACCAGCCACUGCCCACGUCCAAGUCCCUGCCCAAAGUGAUGAUCCCCCUGAGCAGCAUUCCGACGUACAAUGCGGCCAUGGACUCCAACAGCUUCCUGAAGAACUCUUUCCACAAGUUCCCUUACCCAACCAAAGCCGAGCUCUGCUAUUUGACUGUGGUGACCAAGUACCCAGAAGAACAGCUCAAGAUCUGGUUCACAGCCCAAAGGUUGAAGCAAGGUAUCAGCUGGUCCCCUGAGGAGAUUGAGGAUGCCCGGAAAAAGAUGUUCAAUACAGUCAUUCAGUCUGUUCCUCAGCCCACAAUCACUGUUUUAAAUACCCCCCUGGUGGCCAAUGCUGGCAAUGUCCAACAUCUCAUCCAGGCUGCGCUACCAGGUCAUGUUGUGGGACAGCCAGAGGGCACAGCAGGGGGACUUCUGGUCACUCAGCCACUGAUGGCCAAUGGGUUGCAAGCAACGAGUUCAUCUCUCCCCCUAGCAGUCACAUCUGUCCCCAAACAGCCCACCGUUGCACCUGUUAACACUGUGUGUUCAAAUACGUCAUCGGCUGUGAAGGUGGUGAACACGGCCCAGUCACUCCUCACAGCGUGCCCCAGCAUAACUUCCCAAGCCUUCCUUGAUGCUAGCAUCUACAAAAAUAAGAAAUCUCAUGAACAGCUGUCAGCUCUGAAAGGUAGCUUCUGUCGGAACCAGUUCCCCGGACAGAACGAAGUGGAGCAUCUGACCAAAGUGACUGGCCUCAGUACCAGAGAGGUACGGAAAUGGUUCAGUGACCGGCGCUACCACUGCCGGAAUCUGAAGGGCUCCAGACCCAUGAUGCCCAGUGACCACGGCACUGUCAUCAUGGACUCCACCCCAGAGGUGCCCUUUGCCCCACCGUCCAAGGCCCCUGAGGCAACCUGCAUCCCUACAGCGGCCACACUAGUAACCUACCCUUCUGUCAAACGACAGUCCUGGCACCAGACCCCUGACUUCACACCAACCAAAUACAAAGAAAGAGCCCCCGAGCAGCUCAGAAUCCUGGAAAGCAGUUUUGCACAAAACCCCCUUCCUCUUGAUGAGGAACUGGACCGCCUGAGAAGUGAAACGAAAAUGACCAGAAGAGAAAUUGACAGCUGGUUUUCAGAGAGACGGAAAAAAGUGAAUGCUGAGGAGACCAAGAAGGCUGAUAACACCUCUCAGGAGGAAGAGGAGGCCGCUGAGGAUGAGGGUGGGGAGGAGGAUCCAUUCAGUGACCUGAGGGUUGCCGGUGAAAACGGCUCCUUGGAAGUGUCGAGCAGCCACUCCCUGGCAGAGCGCAAAGUCAGCCCCAUCAAAAUUAACCUCAAGAACCUGCGGGUCACAGAGGCCAAUGGCAAGAACGAGCUCCCAGGGCUGGGCGCCUGUGAGUCCGAGGAUGAUGGAGCGAGCAAGCUGGCAGAGCAGCCCCCAGGCAAGGUCAGCUACAGAAAGACAGCCCAGCAGCGGCACUUGCUGCGGCAGCUGUUUGUCCAUACCCAGUGGCCCAGCAACCAGGACUAUGACUCCAUCAUGGCCCAGACAGGUCUGCCGCGGUCGGAGGUGGUGCGUUGGUUCGGGGACAGCAGGUACGCCCUGAAGAACGGCCAGCUCAAGUGGUACGAAGACUACAAGCGGGGCAACUUCCCUCCAGGGCUGCUGGUCAUAGCCCCCGGCAACCGGGAGCUGCUGCAAGACUAUUACAUGAUGCACAAGAUGCUGUAUGAGGAGGAUCUGCAGAGCCUCUGCGACAAGACCCAGAUGAACUCGCAGCAGGUCAAGCAGUGGUUUGCUGAGAAAAUGGGCGAGGAGACCCGGGCUGUGGCGGACACGGGCAGUGAGGACCAGGGCCUCAGCGCCGGGGAGCCUGCAGCAGUUCACAAAGGGAUGGGUGACACCUAUUCAGAGGUGUCCGAGAGCAGUGAGUCGUGGGAGCCCAGUGCCCCUGAGGCCAGCUCAGAGCCCUUCGACACCUCGAGUCCCCAGGCUGGACUUCAGCUAGGUGCUUUUGCACAUACCCUCCGACUGGGGAGUGGGAGGAGCAGCCUGCCAGAAGACACUGCACAUGGAGGUAAGUGGUCCCCAAAGCCAGUGACACCAUGGCUUGGCCAGUACCAGGCUGCCUUGGGGGCUGUACGAGGAGUGACUGACGUGGAGGUGACAGCGUGUGUCUUUUCUUCAGAAAUAGACUGAAUGUGAACCGAUUACUGUGAAGGGCUGGCCAGUCUGGGAUGCUGCCUGCUGCACGGAAGGGCCAGACCUGACCCUGCUGCCUGCUGCUGUUCCCAGGCCCGGACGCUGGCCAUCCGAGAGCGUGUCCAUGGCCUCGCAGCCAGCCCAGAGCCCGCCAGCCACCACCACCAUCGGCCUACCAUCACCGAGCAAGCGGGAGAACAGGAUUCUUGUCAGUUCUUCCUCCCACAAUGUAGGACCUUUCCUCUGCCUUCCAAAAUAGUUCAGAAUUCAUAUUCAUAAACACAGAAUCAACUUUUUAAGAUAUACAUCCGCUUAUACACAUUUAAUAAAACAUCAGAUUAUAAACACUUUCAUUACAUAGAAACUGUGAUUAGCAAACAGCACAUUGUCUUUUACGUCAUCUCUGAAAAUGCCCUGUGACUGUUCUCUGGGGAUUGCUGGAGCCACACCUCCCCCCUAUCCCGCACUCUGGUGGUGCAAGUUUAUUGCACUCAGAGCUAUGUCCAGAGCCCCUGUGGCCCUGCUUUGUUUUUCGUUCCUCAAGGAAUGCAGCACUUUUGAAGAGACCUCUCCAUGCUGGGCAGUAGCCAGCAGUGUUUUAUGCCAGGCUUGCCUUGCCAUGUGGAACAAUUGGUACAGAACCCGCCGUCACCCUCAGUUUAAAAAUUAGACUGGUGAUUUGAUUAGUGUCUGAUGCUUACUGCUUUCCUGAGUUGGUUUAGUAAUUCUGCUUUUUCAUGGGAGUGUGAAUCAUGGACCCUAAUUUUUCAGUUAUCAGAUUAACUAAAGAAACAUUUGUUGUUAAGCCUCACAUACUGACCUAUGUACCUGCCUUUUUUUCCCACCCCCAUCUAGCCACUUUGAGAACGAGAGGAAAAUUGAAAAAGGAAAUGGGAAGGGGGCAAAUGAAGGUGUAUAACCAUGGCCUGUAGUUUUGGCCACUACCUUUUUCAGAGCACUUUAUCCACACUCAAUUUAAAGUCUCACAUGGCUCGUGAAGGAAGAACCAUGCUUGCCUGGUAGCAGAAGUGAGGACUGAAGGGAUCCGGGGACUGCAGAGUUAUCAGAGACGGGGUGCCUCCAGCACAAAGACCCACAUGUGGGGAUUCCUGACAAAGUACCGAAACUGCCCCUGCCCUUCCGUGCCAAGGGCCCAGCUGGUGUGCUGGGCUGCACUAGACAUCACUGUGAAGAUGUUCUUAAAUGUUCCAUCUUCACAUCCCCAAACUUGGAAACACGAUCUCUAUCUACUUUAGCCUGAACCCUCAUAUCCAUUUUUGAAUUGAGAAAAUCACAUGAAAAGGUGCCUUCGAAACACGGGAAAAUGUGCUUGCUAAGCUGUAGAGACUAUAAAUCCCUCCUCUCCCGAGACUGGUUCUCUGAGAGCAGCAGGUAGUGUGGGGGCAGCAGAAGACGCAUCACCUGUCACUCCUCUCGCCCCCUUAGAAACCACCUGGUUCC